AUGUCUUCUGAAGAAGAGGUCGCGGUCAAGGAUAAACACUUAUUUCAGCAGGAUCCGCGUGAGUGUAUCUCAGUCCAUGUCGGCCAAGCCGGAGUUCAGAUUGGGAAUGCUUGUUGGGAGUUGUAUUGUCUCGAGCAUGGCAUACAACCUGAUGGUCUCAUAACCGAAAAGACUGAUAACAAUGGCAGAGGUGACGAUUCUUUCAGUACCUUCUUCAGCGAGACAUCCAAGGGCAAACAUGUUCCUCGAGCCGUGUUCGUUGACCUCGAACCCACCGUGGUUGAUGAAAUCCGUCAUGGGUCGUACAAGAAGCUGUUCCAUCCUGAACAGAUGAUCACCGGAAAGGAGGAUGCUGCUAACAACUACGCCCGUGGUCACUACACUGUCGGCAAGGAAAUCAUUGACAUUGUCCUCGAUAGGAUAAGGAAAUUGGCUGAUCAGUGCACUGGAUUGCAGGGAUUCCUGAUCUUCCAUAGUUUCGGAGGCGGUACUGGGUCUGGCUUUGCCUCGCUGUUGAUGGAACGUCUCUCCGUUGACUACGGUAAGAAGUCUAAGCUUCAGUUUUCUAUCUAUCCUGCUCCUCAGGUUUCGACAGCAGUUGUAGAGCCAUACAAUGCAGUCUUGACCACUCACAACACCCUUGAGCAUUCUGAUUGUGCUUUCAUGGUCGACAACGAGGCCAUCUACGAUAUCUGUCGCACUAAUCUUGACAUCGAGCGUCCCUCUUACACAAAUCUCAAUCGUCUUAUUGGACAAAUUGUUUCUUCCAUUACGGCGUCUCUGCGAUUCGAUGGCGCCCUCAACGUUGAUCUAACAGAGUUCCAGACCAACUUGGUGCCAUAUCCUCGGAUCCACUUCCCACUGGCCACCUAUGCUCCAGUGAUCUCGACAACCAAAGCAAUCCAUGAGCAGCUGAAUGUGGCUGAGAUCACCAAUGCUUGCUUUGAGCCGAAUCAACAGAUGGUGAAGUGUGAUCCCCGCCGUGGUAAAUACAUGGCCUGUUGUCUUCUAUAUCGAGGUGAUGUGGUUCCUAAAGAUGUAAACUCUGCCAUAGCAAUCAUCAAGACAAAGCGCAACAUCCAAUUCGUCGACUGGUGUCCAACUGGCUUCAAGGUCGGUAUCAACUACCAGCCACCCACCGUGGUCCCUGGUGGCGAUCUCGCGAAGGUUCAACGUGCCGUCUGCAUGCUGAGCAACACCACGGCCAUCGCUGAAGCUUGGGCUCGUCUCGACCACAAGUUCGAUCUGAUGUACGCCAAGCGUGCCUUUGUUCAUUGGUACGUUAGUGAGGGUAUGGAAGAAGGGGAGUUUGCAGAGGCGAGGGAGGAUCUAGCAGCUCUGGAGAAGGAUUAUGAAGAGGUCGGUGUAGAUUCCGGCACAGGAGAGGAUGAAGAAGACGCUGACGAGAUGUAAAUCCAUCACACUACAUGCAUCUGCUGGCUUGCAUAGUUGUAAUGAAAAUUAAUUCAAAUCUAAUUGGUAAAUUUCAUUAAAAUGAAAUAAUUCAUUAAAUUCAUGGUAAUUUAUUUUUCCUAUCAAGCUUGCCACCGACGAACAAUCUCGUAUGCUAUCAUAAAAAUACAUGUGUAUUACUUGACCAUGACUUGAUCAUGAAUCAUAAAUUAUCAUGGUAAAGUAUUAUAUUAUUACUAGAUAAAGUAAACCAAUAUACCAUUGAUGUUUUGCAGUGCUUUGUUAUCUUUGUAAUUGUAUCUUUGUAAUUACAAAGAAAUGUCGUAUAUGUUUCAUACUGUUAAAUGUAUUAAGUCUUUUACGCGAGUUCUGUAUCAUGUUUCCCCUUUUCUUUGCAUUUGAAUUCCUUUUAAACUAAUGUUUAUCAUGCUUAAUGAUGCAAUCACGGAUGAUCGUCUUCUGUAUACAUAAAUGACUCCAAACUACAAAGUAGUCUACUGAUAUUUCAAUUUGGUAUUAUGUGUAUGUCAUGUAUGUGUUCUGUAUAAUAUUUCAUGCGUUGCGAUUCGAUUUUAUUUACUCGUGGCGAUUGUUUCUGGAAUUUUCGAGUUGGUUUCAGAAUCGAUGGAGUUUAUGAUUAUGUCUUCCAUUAUUUAUUGGUAUUCUUUCGAACAAAAGAUUGCUUGCUUCCACUUCACAUCCGUUUUUAAUGUGCUUAACUUUGAAAUGUUAUGGAAAUAAUUGUAUAUGGAAUUGCAGUAUAUAUGUAAAUGGCCCAGCUGUACUACAUGGUUUCAAACUAAAGAUGAUUCGUAGUACUCUUCCAAGCAGAGGUGUAAGGUAAAUAGUAAGUAUUACUGACAAAAAUUAUAAUGUUAUCCAUAUGAAACAUCAUUCCAAACUCUUAAAAAAGUAGAAUAGCUAAUAGAAAUAUGUUAAUGUGAUAGUAGUAAUAUAUACUGUAGAAAUAGUGUGUAGUAGUAGCAUCAUUGGCAUGCAUGAGCAUUAUUUUGUAGAAAACGUUUGUAGUAGUAGAACUUUUACCAUACACCCUCGAUAACUCGCAAUGUAGAACAAUGUGGUGGUGGUGGUUACGAAGGCCCUUUUCAAAUGCAUAAUCAGAUACGUAUCAGUAUCAAAACGAUAUAUUAUUUAUAACUGAAGUUGUACUAGCACUGGAAGAGCCGAAGAGGAUAUGCUUCUCCAUACUCCAUAAUGAUCGUAUUUGCUUUAUCAAUAGUUGUCGGAUAGCAUGGAAAAUGUUUAUAAAAUGAAUUGUAAUGAAAGAAGCAGCAGCAGCAGCACUAUUGAUCGUAAGCAGUAUAGAAGUGGUAGUAGUAGAAGUAGUAGCAGCAGCAACAGCAG